AUGUGCAAGAAUGACGUCCAAUUGACUCAGUCAAUUUGCAGCACAUCUUCUCUCGCUAGUCCCAUCCAAAUAUCGAGUACGAGUCAUGAUACACAACUCUUGCGACACAUCGACUCAGUGAUGCUUCCCCAUGCUGUUACCAGUCCCAAGAAGAAACGGUCCAAGCGCAAAGGAUCCGAUGCUUCAAAGACUGGCUUGCCAAAGAAGUCACGGGCUGCAGACACCACUGAGGUACCCAGCAUGGUACCUCUCGUGUCCCUCGGCCUGACUGGAGCAGAAGCAGCAAAUGAUGCUCCCCGACGUUCUGGCCGCUCUAAUGCAGGAACUGGAGGUAGGAACGCCCAGCUGGAGAAGAUCGGAUUAGUGCUACAAUCUAAGCCUCAAACUCACGAACUGACGUCCCUUUGUCCCAAUGUUCCAGUCAAUCCUCAAGCCCCAGAGCCACAUCGUAAAGGUCGAAAGAAGGGUUCUAAGGCGGUUCCUCCACCGUACUCACUCAUCAGCGAUGCUCCAGAUGCCUCAGCCAUGGAUAUCACAGGGCCCAGCUUGACAUUACAACAACCUGGCAGAAGGUUUGGAUUUGCUCCUGCAAGCACCACAGACAUUGUUCAUCCCGGUACUGCUGAGCCCACUCUUCAGGCGUCGGAUAACCCAUAUGUCACCGUUGGGAUGAAGGUCGCGGAGCAGCGCACUCGUAAUGCGGUCGCUGAGCAGCGAGCUCUGGACGCUAUCGCUGAGCAGCGCGCUCAGGACACUAUUGCUGAACAGCGAGCUCAGGAGGCUAUCGCUGAGAAACGAGCUCGGGAGGCUAUCGCUGAGCAGCGAGCCCGCGAUGCUGUCGCUGAAAAUCCAGUGGUAUAUCCGAGGUCCGUCUUUUUGGAGCACAACUUAGACCCAGCUCUGCGCCAGCAGGAUGACACUGUCAGGGCUCAACGUUGUCUGAGGCUGCUAGGAUACGAGGAGGACGGUGACUCCAAAGGCAGCAGCAGCGACGACAGCGACGACAAAGAUCCCGACGGAGAGGCUGACGGAGAGGAUGAUGAAGAGGGGGAGAACGAUGACACAGUCAAGAGCUCGCAGGAGUUUGGUUGGGGGGAGGCUGGCCGGCGCCAGAAAGAACAUCCAGGUGAACAUCUUUGUGGCAUGAUUUCGAUUUCCCUUCGCUAA